GCAUAAAACACAUAACACAUCUAAAUGAAACCAAGGUCUUGCUAUUUGGCCCUGACUCCUAUUCGGGCAUUGGUUGCGCUCUUGACUCUUUCCUGCCUCAUUGCUAUCGCGGUUAGCAGGAAACUAGAUGCGGACAGAACAUGGCCUCCGGGGCAAAAAGAACAAGAAACACCCCUUCUUGCUACCGUGGAAUAUUUUAAAGAUUCUCCACAACUCACUAUCAAUUUAAUUCCACUCAUUGGUGCAGUUUAUCUCCUUUAUUCACGCUAUAACCCGAAUACUAGUGAUGCUAAUAAUGGCUGGCACUCAUCCUGGUUUUUCAGAAAUGUUGUCAUUCUAUCAUUCACAAUCGUGGGACUAUUCUAUGGAAUUGAUCAACUCAUAAAAGUCUCGGUCGACCACAAUGGAUGCAAUGACCCGUUUUUUACAAACACGCAAUCAAGAUGUUGGGUCCAGUAUGGAGUCAGCAGCUCUGAGAUAGCUUGGGCUGUCUUACUUAUUGUCGAGAGUAGGUUAGCCAUUCGACAAAUGAGAGAUCAGGAGCCUAGAUUUCAAAAUGCAGAUGAGGAAGUACGGGCAGCAGCGUUGUAUCAACCAGAUUUGUCUCUGACAGACAAUCUCUCCUCACCAGAAAGAAUUGAAUUGACAAAUCAAAGAACCGAUGUAAAUGAUCAACCACCAGAGUACACGAGUGAAAGAUCACGAAACCAGCCUCAGAUUGUAGAUGCAACCAACCCACCUGAAAGACUAGCAGAAGCUGUAGCAAGACGACUACAAUCAGAAGAUACCCAAAAUAGGUUUCCAGAUCCAGAAACAUUACAGUUGCCACCAUCUUAUGCGCCUUAGGUAUUUAUUUUAAUACGACAUUUUUUAGAAAUAUCAUGAACUGGCUUUGAGAACCAUGGAGGCACCUUGAGCAAGAGAUAUCUACUCGAACCAUUUUCAUUACAAAGUCUCCAAUAAAAAACGUC